UGUCCAAUAGUCACAACGUUCUUUUAUGUUUACGCAACUUAUUUCCUUAUCCAUCUGUUUAAAGAUCGGAGUUCAAAGAUACGGCUGUGUGAUUCAGAGUAAUAAAACGUAUGAGUUAGAAAGAUAGGGCGGUUGGCCGUGAUAUGUCCUUCACUUGUGGUUAAUAUUGAAAGUGCGGCACACUGAAUAUCGAGCAAGCCUGCAUUUGCCUACAUUUUCUAAUGUCCGUAACAUGUUGGCCAUGACAUUGAGUCGCUGGAUUGAAUUAACUGUGUUGUUUGCCUUCUGCCUAUUGGCGAGCUCGACUGUUGGUGCUGACCAGGCACUGAAGGACGUGGGAGCGUGCGACAGUGAAAUCUACUGCGAUGGGCCCGUGCUACAGGCGGUACAAGAUGCUCACGUGUACAACGACUCCAAGACAUUUGUUGACCUCAACAUGUUGCACGACCCAGACAAGGUUCUGUCUGCUUUUGGAAACCUGACUGACAAGACAGACGGAGAUGCCGUCAAGAGGUUUGUGGAGGCAAACUUCGAUGGGCCAGCCACGGAGUUCACCUCCUGGACGCCCACCGAUUGGAAACCAAGCCCCUCGAUGUUCAGUAACAUCCGCGACACAAAGCUUCGUGCCUGGGCCUCUGAUCUGAAUGACCUUUGGAAAGACCUUGGCAGAAAGAUCACAGACGACGUGAAGAACAACGCUCAACGUUACUCCCUCAUGUCCGUGGACAAUCCGUUUGUCGUUCCGGGAGGACGCUUCAGGGAAUUUUACUACUGGGAUUCGUACUGGAUUAUAAAGGGCUUGCUCCUUUCCGAGAUGACGAACACGGUAAAGGGGAUGUUGUUGAACUUCGCCUCCAUAGUUGACAAGCUGGGUUUUGUUCCCAAUGGGAAUCGGGUUUACUACGAGCGCCGAAGCCAGCCUCCGUUCCUCAUUCCCUCUGUCAGCGAGUACCUCAAGGCGACCGGGGACUUCCCCUUCGUGCAAUCCAUCCUCCCGUCCCUACAGAGGGAGUACGAGUUCUGGAUGGCCAACCGGUCCGUGGAUGUCACCAGGCCCGGCAGCUCCACUACGCACACGCUGAAUCGAUACAACGUCUUCAUGGGAAAACCCAGACCAGAGUCGUAUAGAGAAGACGUGGAAACUGCAUCUGGACUUCCUGAAGCUGAAGCAGCGGAGGUAUAUUCCAACUUGGCGUCAGCGGCCGAGAGCGGGUGGGACUUCUCCGGCAGGUGGUUCGGCGAGCAGGGCACGCUGCGCUCCAUCCGCACCAAGGAAAUAGUGCCGGUGGACUUGAACAGCGUCCUGUGCCUGAACGAGAAACUGCUGGCCGACUUCUACGAAAGGGCAGGUAAUGCAACAAAAGCCGCCGAAUUCAGCGCCGCCCACCAGGCAAGACGAGCUGCGAUCCGCGAUAUCUUCUGGAGUGACGCGACCGGCGCGUGGCUUGAUUACGAUCUGAAGUCGUCCGCCAACAACAAUAAGUUCUACCUGUCGAGCAUCGUGCCGAUGUGGGUGGGCUGUUACGGGGAAGACGCGGGCAAAAAAGAGGAGAUUGACAGAGCUGUUAUCAAUUAUUUGAAGAGAGAGGGUGUUCUAGACCAUCCAGGGGGCGUGCCAACUUCCAAGCAGAACACAGGCCAACAGUGGGACUACCCGAACGCGUGGCCUCCUCUCCAGCACAUGCUAAUUGAGGCACUGGCCAACAGUAGCUUGGAGGAGGCCAAGCAGUUGGCCUUUGACCUGGCCCAGAAGUGGACCCUGACCAACUACCGGGCCUACGAGGAGAAUCAAGUCAUGUACGAAAAGUAUGAUGUGACCAAUCAGGGUGUUCCAGGCCACGGGGGAGAGUAUGGAGUGCAGGCUGGCUUUGGGUGGACCAACGGCGUCAUCCUUACCCUGCUGGACACAUACGGAGACAGACUUCAGUCAGAUGUCCCAACGACUACGCAUCCACCCACUACAGUCACCAGUGCAAGCAUCAAGCCACGCCUAUAUUUUAGCACCUUGAUACUUAUACUCAGUCUUAUGUUCAUUUUGUUGUUCCCUUUGUAAAUCAUGGACUAAAAGUGAAGACACGGUACAGAUGUUAGAAAACCAAGUUCAGUGUGCACGUCCUCAAAACCUUCUUUUUCCCAUAAAAUCUUUCAAACUACUGAUGCAUUGUGAUUUUCCAUAUUAGCAUAGCAAUAUUUGAUGAUUUACCUUACAACCAUACUUAAAACUUUGCAAAUCCUUGACACACCAUUGAUGUCCUCAGGAGGUCAGCGUUUCCCUUGGCAUUGGAGCACAAAAAUUUGUGGUUUUGUGAUUUCAGAUCUUGACAGGAAGUCAGUAAAACCUGAUGGUUAAAACCAUUUCAAACGUCACUUUCUGAUGCAUGAUUGGCUUUAAAUCUCCAGGAAUCUUUUUCAAUAUCCUUCUCUGUCCGGAAACCAGUGACAGAACUCCCCCCUCCCACUAACAGAAGUCUCUGCCCCUUAGAUCACCCCUUUCAAAUUGAAAAAGUCUGCACAUGACUGCUGCUUUCCCAGCACCCUUGGAAACAUUGGUGCACCCUGGGUGUCCCUCUGCAGAAAUUAAUUUGAAAUUACCUGUAUUUGGGAAUUUUCUGAUAAGCAGCGAACUGAAAUCCACUGAAAGCAAGGUUCAAUGCAUUAAAUCAUGGAACAUGAAAAAAGUACCUGUAUGUGGGAUUUUCGUUAUAUCUGCUCUUCAAUUUUCUCAGGAAAAUAAAAUAGAUAGAUGCGCCUCUGCAGUAUGUGAUAAUACAGUUGGCCAUUGUUUACCUAAUUUAAAGUUUUGUUUCGACUGUAUACAAUUGUUAAUCUGUUGAUUAUUUAUAUUGUUUGUGUUUUAUAACAUGGAUGAUGUGGUAUUUUUUGUACUUGUACAUUUUCAUAGAUACUCGAGUCUCAAGAAGAAAAAUUUUUGUUAUAGAUAAAACUAACUGUAGUCUCCCUUUCCAAAAAAUUCUAUGGGAAUUCCACAAUUCUAUGGGAAUUGUGCAUUUUACAACUUACAAGAUACAGCUUAAUUUCAUGGAUAGUAAGACAUGUUCAAGUAUUCACAUGUAGAAAGAGUUCACUGGAUUUCAAUACUUCUUUGCUAAUGUGUAACUUGAGCUUACCUCAUUUGGUGGAUUCAAUUAUAAAGAAUAUUUCUGUAUUUUUUUUGAGAGAGAAUAUUAUUCUGGAAAGACUGCCUUAAAUGAUUCUCAGAAUAACAGCCGAAUUUUGAGUGACAGAGUGCAUGCAAGACGUCCUUAGCACCGAGGAGAAACGACCCCUCAAGCCUUUUUCUUUUCCUGUGUGAGUGUGUGUGGUACUUCUAUAGCCCCCCCCAAAAAAGAAAGAAGCUACCCAAAAAGUACAACAUGAUCUUGAAAAUGGACAGCAUAAAGCACAAAGUGGUAAAAACAUCUUAGAAACAUUUCACUUUUGAUGCGAACACGCUUCGGACCCCUUGAUGUAUUUACGAAAGCCGACUUUUUUUUUCCAAAUUAUUUAUCGGGGUCCUACUUACCCUUACAGCCUUGCUUAACACCAUGUUAAUCCACGGAAUAUAGCCAGGCAUCAAAAGAGUUCCUUUGUUUCGUGGAUGAGGGAGGAAAGCCAGAGAGCAUGGAGCAAAAACCUCCUGGCGCAGGAGAGAAUCAACAAACAACUGCACUUGCAAAUGGCCCGGGCUGCGAUCAACCCUGAGUCACCUGAGUGGCAAGAAGAGAGCACCACUUUACUCACGAGCCACCCGUGCCACUGCUAAAGGUGCAGACAUGACCAAUCCAUGAUCAUAUGAAAGUCUGUGCGCCCAUGUAGAACUAGCAUCUGAUAAACAUCUUCUGAGAUACUCCCAUGGCACUCCUCCAGCAUGAACAAAUGCUGGAUGCAGUAAUGCAGGAUGCUGGGCCAAAGCAGAGCUGGGCCCAGUCAAAUUGAAUAAUUCGAUGUCAGAAUAAUUUACUGGUUGUUCCAACUGAGCAAGAAAAAUGAUCAACAUUAAAAUUAUGAUCAUAAUAACUUCUCACUUUUCUGAACAACCACAUGGACUGCUUGCUGCGAGAAAUGAUCAAUUUCUCAACAAAUUAAAAAAUGUGAAAUGCAACUCUGAUACCAAAGAGUGGGAAUUUUCUCUUUAUUUUUAUUCACCAUCAUUUGAUUUCUAAAUACUCAAUAACAGGGAACAGUAA